CUCGCCGACCUCCAGCUUUCCCUCCUCCUCCUCUUCCUCUUCUCGCUUGCUGGCGGCACCGGCAUUAGGGGCACUGUGCCUGCGCGGCGCGGCGCGCCGACGGAGACGCAACGCCAGGUGAUUCCUCCUCACCGCCCGCGGGUCUGGAUUUGAAGACAAGGGAGGGGGCUGGGUUUCUUGGCCUUUGGAUUCAGCGGAAUUCAGCAGAAAGGCGCUCCCACUGUUUGAUUUGCAAUGAUGGCUUGUUGCUUUAUGUUUGGAAAUAACACAAACCAAACUAGUGAAGGUGAACAAGGAGAGAAAGCGGUGAGGAUUUUUUCUUACAAUGAGCUGAGAAAAGCUACACAUGAUUUUAGUGGGGCGAACAAGAUCGGUGAGGGUGGCUUCGGUUCUGUAUUCAGGGGAAGGCUCAGAGAUGGGACAAUUGUUGCAGUAAAGGUGCUCUCUGCUACUUCAAGGCAAGGCGUGCGGGAGUUCAUUAAUGAACUGACAGCAAUUUCCGAUAUAAUGCAUGAAAACCUAAUUACAUUAAUCGGCUGCUGUGCUGAAGGGUCUCAUAGGAUCCUUGUAUACAAUUAUCUUGAGAACAACAGCCUUCAACAUACAUUACUAGGGUCAGGCCGUAGCAACAUCCACUUCAAUUGGAGAGCUCGCGUCAAAAUUACAGUAGGUGUUGCCCGUGGUCUUGCAUUUCUUCACGAGGACAUCCGACCUCCCAUAAUACACCGCGACAUAAAAGCAAGCAAUAUUCUCCUCGACAAGGAUCUAACCCCCAAAAUUUCUGAUUUUGGGCUGGCCAGGCUCCUCCCCCUAAACGCGACUCAUGUGAGCACCCGAGUUGCAGGAACAAUAGGAUACUUAGCUCCUGAAUAUGCACUCAGAGGACAAGUGACAAAGAAGUCAGAUAUAUACAGUUUUGGUGUUUUGAUUUUGGAAAUUGUUAGCGGCAGAUGUAACUAUAAUUCUAGAUUGCCUUACGAAGAACAAUUUCUACUCGAGAGGACAUGGGCACACUAUGAGCAAGGUCACUUGGAUAUCAUCAUAGAUGCAGAUCUAGAGAAUGAUGUGGAUGUCGAGGAGGCGUGCCGCUUCUUGAAGGUUGGACUUCUAUGCACUCAAGAUGCAAUGAAACUCCGUCCCAACAUGAUCAGCAUCGUCGGGAUGCUGACCGGAGAGAAGGAUGUCUCCACAGAAAGGAUCACCAAGCCCUCUGUGGUUGGUGACCUGGGAGACGACCUGAGGGGCAACAACCAGCAGAGACCAAACGAUGCCCACUCUCUCCUGAUGAGAUCCUUUGUCACCACUGAACCAUCGACAUCGUCAGACACAACCACGCGAUCAUCGCUAUGAAAAAUUCCUUGUGUCAAACAACUUAUUCCAUUGUAAAUUGUUAUGCUAGAUAGACAAAGAGGUUGUUAUGAUGCAGAGGCCAGAGAUGUAAUUUGAUCUUCCUUAUCUCAAAAGAAAAAUAGAGAAGUUGUUCUGG